AAAGAAAAGAAAGAAAGAAAGAAAGAAAGAAAGAAAGAAAAGAAAGAAAGAAAGAAAGAAAGAAAGAAAGAAAAGAAAGAAAGAAAGAAAGAAAGAAAGAAAGAAAAGAAAGAAAGAAAGAAAGAAAGAAAGAAAGAAAAGAAAGAAAGAAAGAAAGAAAGAAAGAAAGAAAAGAAAGAAAGAAAGAAAGAAAGAAAGAAAGAAAAGAAAGAA